AUGUCUAAUAUGACAGAGGUACAGCUGGGCGAGAUAGCAGAUGAUGUCAAAUGGAUAUCUGCUUAUUGUGUAUUCCCUCUCAUCUUAGAGAGCAUGCUAUUCGCAUUAUUCACCGUUCUCAUAGCGUACCACAGUCUCAAGUACUGGGAAGGAAGGAAGCGAACACGCAGCAUCUUCGCUGUCUGUGUCUGUCUGUACAUCCUUUGCGCGAUCUGUUGGGCUCUAGACGUAUGGAUCGUCUGGGUAGACCUUUACCACGUCCUCCCUCGCCAGUUGUCGCCAGCGACCCUGGAUCCUGCAAGCGAUCCUUACGCUACUGUGGACCGCCUUACAGGGCCGAUGCUCUUCGCUCGCCACAUAUGCACGAGGAUAAUUUUCAUCAUGUGCGACUGGGUAUCAUUAUGGAGAGCUUAUGCCAUCUACGGGAGCCCACGGUGGCUCAAAAUCGCAUGCAUCAUGAUCGUUGCUGUGUCAUGUGCUUUGUAUACGGUCGUAACCAUCUUCAGUGCUACACCGAAGCUGAAUGACCCACCUGCAUUUGCGAUACGAUUCCUGGUGUUUCAUGGUGGAGUGAACAUGGCGUUUGAGUACAUGUCUCUAUCGACGACGGCCUGCGCUCAAAUCUUCGCGACUGCAUUGAUAGCCUGGAAGGCUUGGAUAUACCGACGAGACGUCGCCAUCCCCUUGUCCAAGAGGGACGCGACCGGUUCUACCGAUCACAAGCGCCUCUUCACGAUACUCUGCAUCGUGAUCGAGACGGGUAUCUUAUACACCUGUCUAUUCAUCACCCACGUCCUGUCUGUAGCCAUACUACUUGGCGCGGGAUACUCAACGUGGUCCUUCUUUUGGAUCAGUCAACUUUCGGGAAUCUGCCCCACGCUGAUCGUUGUCGUUGUUUCCAUACAACAAUCGGUCCUUGAGCGCAGCGCACAGACAGACAACGCGGCUUCUGACCUGACACUAUCCAUCCAAUUCGCAGGCAACCCUCGGGAUCAACGCCUUUUGGGGAAGUGCGACUGCUCUUUUCCAAAGGAGAUAUUAACGCCGACUCAUAAACGAGACAAUUCCGUUGGGUCUCAGUCCGCGUUGUCCGAUUGA